GAGACGACCGAAACUUUGGACUUCCCUGGAAAGUGGUUUCAGAAUACUUCCUGCUCUUCGUCACUUCCCUAUUCGUCACUUCCCGGUGGAGCCCGGGGCGGGCCAGCCGGGUCCCUGAGUCUCCUUUUUAGAGAUGGCUCUCCGCUGCCGCAGGGUCUCCGUUAUCUUGGAGUCCCGGGUACUUGGAAACUAUUUGUGUAGUCUGUACAGAACAUUAAGUUCUUUGCCAGACAAAAAGAAAGAGUUGCUACAGAAUGGACCAGGCCUUCAGGAUUUUAUAUCUGGUGACCUUUCAGACAAGAACACCUGGGCUGAAUAUAAAGGAAAUUUGAAACGUCAGAAAGGAGAAAGGCUAAGCUUGCCACCAUGGCUAAAAACAGAGAUUCCUAUUGGAAAAAAUUACAAUAAGCUGAAAAAUACUUUGCGGAAUUUAAAUCUCCAUACAGUAUGUGAAGAAGCACGAUGCCCCAACAUUGGGGAGUGCUGGGGAGGGGGAGAGCAUGCCACUGCUACAGCUACUAUCAUGUUGAUGGGGGACACUUGUACAAGAGGUUGCAGAUUUUGUUCUGUUAAGACUGCAAGAAACCCACCUCCAUUGGAUCCUAAUGAGCCCUACAGUACAGCGAAAGCAAUUGCAGAGUGGGGACUUGAUUAUGUUGUGCUGACGUCAGUGGAUCGGGAUGAUCUACCUGAUGGGGGAGCUGAACACUUUGCAAAGACAGUUUCACAUUUAAAGGAAAGGAAUUCAAAUAUAUUAGUGGAAUGCUUGACCCCUGAUUUCCGAGGAGACCUUAAAUCUGUCGAGAAAGUUGCACUCUCAGGAUUAGAUGUGUAUGCCCAUAAUGUGGAAACUGUUCCAGAAUUACAGAGGAAAGUACGUGAUCCCCGAGCCAAUUUUAACCAAUCUCUGCAAGUACUGAAACAUGCCAAGAAGGUUCAGCCUGAUGUCGUUUCUAAAACAUCCAUAAUGUUGGGCUUAGGAGAGACUGAUGAACAACUGUAUUCAACAAUGAAAGCACUACGUGAGGCAGAUGUGGAUUGUUUGACCUUAGGACAAUAUAUGCAACCAACAAAGCGUCACCUUAAGGUAGAAGAGUAUAUUACUCCUGAAAAGUUCAAGUACUGGGAAAACAUAGGAAAUGAACUUGGAUUUUACUAUACUGCCAGUGGACCAUUAGUACGCUCCUCAUAUAAAGCAGGUGAAUUUUUCUUGAAAAAUCUAGUGGCAAAAAGGAAGACAAGAACCAUAUGAAUCCGUAAAUUGAUAAGACAUCUUAAAGUUCCUGACAUUAUUGAUCCCACAUUCUUAGGCAUCCUUAACACCAGAAAUGCUUACAUCUGAUGGAAAUAUGCCCUGACUUUAUUUAACAUUCUUCAAGUACUGUGGUGGUGUUUUUUUUAGUGAAUCAUUUGGAGAUUAGUUUUUCCUCAUCUUCCUCUUGAACUUUAGCUUACUGAAAUAAAAGCAUAAAACAUCUUGGUAACAAUUUAAUGUUAAAAGCAUAAUCCAAAAUACAUUAGGAGCUUCCAAAGAACCUUUCAUCCAACUUGCAUAUCCAUCAUCACAUCUCAGUUGUGAAAACAGGCUCAAAAGCAGUAUUCAUCAUCAGUCAAGACUAUGAUCAAUUUACUUGCCCUUGUAUAGUUGUCCAUUAGCACUGAAAUAAUUGAAAAGGUUUGUUUCUUCAAGUUUUGAAUGGUGGUUUUAUAUCAGUAUGAGUAUUAUACUGUGAAAGAUAUAAUUUUACAUUGUUAUUUAAAUUGUCUGUGGGGAGAGUUUAAAAGGACUCUGGUGAAUAAGUAAAGCAGCAAAUUUUUUUGUUAGGAAAUUUAUUUUUUUCCUUUUUGUAUAGUAUUUUAUUCUUGCCAAUUACAUGUAAAGACAACAUUCAUUUUUUAAAAAUUUUGAGUUCCACAUUUUCUCCCUCCUUCCCCCCCAAAAAAACCCCGGAAAACAAUUUAAUAUAGGUUGUAUGUGUGCAAUCAUGCAAAACAAACUUCUAUAUUAGUCAUGUUGUGAAAGAAGAAAUAGACCAAAAGAGAAAAAAUAAAGUGAAAAUAAUAUGCUUUCAUCUGCAUUUAGACUCCAUCAGAGUCUCAAUCAGGAAAUAUUUAGAUGGUCACAAUGUCAAAUAUGUAUAUACAGCUAACUGAUUUUAAAUAUAUUCAGUCAGGUGUUCAAUUAAAGCAUUUAAUCAUUGGAAAAGUGAGAGUUAUAGUUUUUUAUUUUAAAAAACAAAACCAAAUAGUAAGAAGUGAGAAAGAAAAUAGAAAGCCAACAUAGAUGGCUGUGACAUUAUUUUGCAUUUCCUAUAGAUAAUUUUCUUACAGCUUAUGUAUAGCCAAUGCAUAAGACACAUACAAUCUUAACUCACUAUGGACUUCACAGUUUGGGAGGUCAGUGCUUAAGGGAAGGAGAAGAAAGUAAGAAAGAACGGUGGGUGGGGGUGGGGGGUGGUUACUAUUUGCUGCUGUGCAUUCCCUGUCACCAGAGUGUUAGGAGUGAGUCCUUGGUGAGAGUUCACCAAGAGGAUUAGUGCGGGGGGGAGCACAACUGUGAAAGUGAGCACACCACAGUCAGAGGAUGUUCCUGGGGAUUUUUCAGGCAUGAUAAAUCAAAGAUCAUUUGGGUGGGAAAAGCAGAAAAUUGAUUAUUUAUAUUAUAUAUGAUUAAUGAUUCCCUCCUCAGGUCAAAUCUGAUGAGAGCAAGAUUAAUUAUAUAUGCGUAAGUCUGGCUUCUGUUCAGUCACAGAAACGUUGAAAAUGUUUAAUUUCGUUAUUUAUUAAACUGUCUCCAGACUCUCCUA